AUUCACAUGUAUUGAGUUCUCUUUAGAUCGGCGCUCGUUCACUGAACACCGACGAAAAGCCGCUAGCUCACCUCUGUUCAAUUUCUGCCAAAUUCAGAGUUGAUUAAGUCUGCUAGCAUACAUAAAACAUGGCUUACAGCAAGGAUCCAAUGAAGGGGCCAGUGGAGGAAGUCCCAGCCCAUCGCAUCCGCAUCACCCUCACCAGCCGCAAUGUCAAGAGCCUGGAGAAGGUGUGCGCAGAUCUCAAGCGCGGAGCCCAGGAGAAGAACCUGAAGGUGAAGGGACCGGUCCGCAUGCCGACCAAGACCCUGCGUAUCACCACCAGGAAGACACCCUGUGGUGAAGGGUCCAAGACCUGGGAUCGCUUCCAGAUGCGCAUCCACAAACGUCUCAUCGACCUGGAGAGCCCCUCUGAGAUCGUCAAGCAGAUCACCUCUAUCAGCAUCGAGCCUGGUGUCGAGGUUGAGGUCACCAUCGCCGACGCUUAGAUGCAACCAUGUUACAAGCCUGGUGAACAUCACGAAGGAGAACAACAUCGGGCUAUGGUUUUCUUCCACGUUUGUUAUAACAUCUGAAUAAAGGCACAGAAUUUGAUUCUUGCUGUGAU